UUUGGAAGAGAAAACAAAGGUGAACUGUAAAAUGAUUACCCAAACUGCCUGUUGUAAUCAUCCAGCACCAAGAGUUUGUUUUAGCUCUGUUCCAGACUUAGAGCCCUAUGAACAGGCAGUGUGGUCUUUUUGGUCGACUAUACUGCCGAGCCUUCAGUAGUAAAUGCAAAGUCUACAUCUUUGACAAAAGCCCAUUGUUUUUACUGUGGGCCCUGCACUCAAUCUAAUUAUGAGUGUGUGUGUGUGUGUGUGUGUGUGUGUGUGUGUGUGUUCAGACCGUGGAAAGGGCAGGCAGAGACAGGCCAUUUUAGGAGAACACCCAUCAUCCUACAGUGAGAACGGCUAUGGUCAACCCUGCCCCCUGCUGCCUCUUCCGGGGAACAGCAGGUACAAGCUCGCCUCAGUGGACGUUCCAGACAUGGUGUCCUACCCUCUGCCCCAGUCCUCCUCCUCCUACUCUGCCCAUGCCCCCAGCUCUGUUGCCAUGGUGAGCGGUCUCCAUCCAUCCAAGAUGAACUGCACCCGCAUCUUCAACCUCUUCUGCCUGUAUGGCAACAUUGAGAAGGUAAAGUUUAUGAAGAGUGUUCCUGGUACUGCGUUGGUUGAGAUGGGAGAUGAGUAUGCUGUGGACAGAGCCAUCACACACCUCAACAGCAUCAAGGUGUUUGGCAAAAGACUCAAUGUCUGUGUGUCUAAGCAGCAUGCAGUGAUCCCCAGUCAGGUGUUUGAGUUAGAGGAUGGCAGCAGCAGCUAUAAGGACUUUGCCAUGACCAGGAACAACCGCUUCAGCAGCGCUGGACAGGCCUCCAAAAAUAUCAUCCAGCCUCCAUCUGCAGUGCUUCACUACUAUAACGUUCCUCCAUGCAUAUCACAGGACCACUUACUGAGGCUGUGCACGGAGCAUGACGUGCCUGGUUUCGUCAAAUUCAAGAUGUUUGAUGCCAAACCCUCCUCUAAGACCAUCUCUGGCUUGUUGGAGUUCGACAGUAAGACGGAGGCUGUGGAGGUUCUUACUGUUCUCAACCACUACCAGAUCAGGAUACCCAAUGGGUCCAACCCAUACACCCUGAAACUGUGUUUCUCCACCUCGUCUCAUCUAUAAAAAGCUGCAGAGCACAAGAAGAGGCUGCUGAACCUGAUGAUGGCUGACCUCUGACCUGGGAGAGGGAGAGGGACCACGAGAGGCGGACAAGUGGACGAGAGAUAAA